AUGGAUCUUUAUCACUCGUCUCCUUCUCACCUCCAGAAACAACAUCGACGUGACGCUCCACAGGUGUCAUUCGUGCGAGCGGAGUCAGAUUCCCGUUCAUCAGUCCCCCCUGUCACGCUCCGAGACCUCACACAAUCCAUUACUAAGGUUGGAGACUAUCCUGUUGCCCGUGGCGGAUUUGGAGAGAUAUGGAAAUGUACUUAUCAAACGGAUCAGGGACCGAUCACCGUUGCAGUGAAAUCAUUGCUAUUUUACGCUUCUGAUCAACUUGACGGAGCAAUGGAGAAAAAGACCAAAAGGAUACGACGUGAAAUCAGAACUUGCGCAAGACUUAAGCAUGACAAUAUUCUGCCUGUGUAUGGCUACACGCAUGGCUUCGACCUGUUCAUGACAAUGGUCAGCCCCUGGGCAGAUAAUGGUAAUCUGACAACCUAUCUGGAGCGGCAAGAUGCACAUCUUACCAUGGUCAGACGAUUCCAGAUUCUCGGAGAUAUUACGAAUGGCCUGCAAUAUCUUCACGCAAAUAAUGUCAUUCACGGUGACUUAACUGGGCCGAAUGUGCUUAUUCAUGGUGACGGCACAGCUUGCCUCGCAGACUUCGGUUUGUCCCUGGUAUACUCUGAAGCCAUGAGUACCUCCCUGGCUUCCUGGUCCUCGGCGUUCCACGGAAACUUUCGAUGGCUGGCUCCCGAGCUACUCGGGGAACCAGAUAAUGAAUUGCCAACACGGCCAAGCAAAUACAGCGACAUCUACUCCUUUGGUGGUAUCAUGCUACAUGUCCUCACCAGUAAAACACCCUACUAUUACCUACGAGAUGCUGCAGUCAUUCAACGCAUAGGCAUCGGGGCCAAGCCUUUACGAUCACGCUAUCCUGUGUUAUCUGACGAGUAUUGGACUUUGAUUGAGGAAUGUUGGUCAACUGCAACUCAGGAUCGUCCGUCGGCUGAGGGAAUUGCCAGGGUGAUUAGGGAUGAACUGGACUCGCUAUCCCGCUCUUGA